AUGAGCCGGACCAUGCGACCCAUCGAUGUUCUUUGCGAGGAGGAGCGGCUUCGAAGACUCUCCGAGCGAAUGGUCUACGACAGCAGCGACGGCGCCGAGCAUGCCCGUCAGAGGCGUGCCCGGACGCUUGUAGAGGAGAUGAGCCUUCUGGGGUCGCGGUUGCGAUCGAAGUCUAAUGAAGAUCGUCGCUUCGAUGCGGUCGAGGCCCUGGAGGCUGGUCUGGAGGCGAGACGGAAGGCCUUGCUCACGGCGAAGGAGGGCUCACUUCGAGCUUCGGCACCCAUCCGACAAGUGGACAGCGGUGAUUUGCAGUCGGAUCUCGCAGACGCACUGGAGCGUGUCACGGUUCGCUCUGUGGUGGGACUCCGAGGCUUAGUGGAGGUUCCCAGGCCAGUCGAGGCUGUGGUUGUCGCUGUGCUGCAACUUGUGAACUGCGACUAUGCUGGUGUUGAUCUGGAUCCCUCGCCUCCACCAACAACCUGGGAAGAAGCACGUCGAGUACUCCUAAAGCCUGGCCACUUUGUGAGUGCCUUGCGGAAAUUUCCCUUUGCAUUGCAGCGUGGGCAGAUACUGGAGACUGAGAUACUGCAAGCAGAGCAGGCCUGGAGCAACGUCCCAAGUGCAGGAGCGGGGCUUUCUCAAGUUCAUGAGGCCGCUGUCCACUUGUAUGACUGGCUGACAAUUGCCUUAAACUUCGCAGCCUCGCUGCCGGCGGGGGCCAGUGCCAAAAGCGUCGCCGGGAAAGUCGGGACCGCCGAGAGUGAGCGAAUCCCGGCCUACCCUCGCUCUGCACCUGGCUCUCCAGACUGGAAUCUUCAGCCGAUCGCCCCGUCGACUUUUGUCGCCUCCACGAUCGCCCCUUCGAGCUCAGAGCGCCCACAUGAGCCACAGCGCGAGGUCCAGGUCCGCGAGGCCCGGAACGCACCGAAGCAGAAGAGAUCCCUAUCUCCCAAACUACCACACAAGCCAUCCACUGCUACGACAACCACAAGCGAUACGGCGCGCAUCACGACUUGGUCAAAGACGUCAACUUCUUCGACGGCAUCGAUGAGUACCUCGCCCUGCUCGUCGAGAUCGGGCUUUAGCGCGUCGUGGUCUGGGCUUGCAACUUGCAAGCCUGCGCACACACGUUCCCGAGUGUCAGUUCCAGGUGCAAGUCCACGCAGAAGCAGCCCUUCACCAACAUCAGGACUUUCAGCCACAAAGCCGUCAUCCACGCGGAUCGCUGCGUCCUCUGCGAGGUCUCCGCAGCCCCGCACAAGGCAAGCAAUUCGCAAGUCGACCUCGCCACUGCCAAAGCCCAAGCCCAAAGAUGAGGCAGAGGCUGGUCAGCCUCGCUCAACCGGCGACAUUGCACCGUUGAGUAGCAGCCAGAGCCAGAUCUCAUCGCUGAGCUCUGCCACGUUGCCGACUGCAGAAGACUUUGCAGCGAUGCGAAGUCGAUUGGACCAGGAGAAGAGGGAGGUCAGGCAAAUCAAAUCUUUGGAGUCGCAGCUGAAGUGGGGCCUACAGCGUGAAGAGCGACGGCAGACCGAGGAAGAACGGAGGGAAGAGGCCCGGCUGAUCAUGGAAUGGAGAGAUCGUCAGGCCAAGGAGAUGAAAGACUUUGUCGAGGAGAAGACUCGAGAGCAGCGCGUGCAGGAGCUACUUCAAUCCAAGGAGUACCAGGUGUUCAAGCGUGAAUGGAAGCAAGCCGCGCGGAAAGAUGAGAUCGAACAGAUCAAGGCUCAACUGGCCGAAGGCAUCAACAACGCCCACUGGAAGCUUCAGCUGCAGCGCGCAGUGGAGCUGGACCGCCAGCUUGCUUUGCAGGAAACCAUGGAGUCCCAGCAGGAGAUGAAGGAGUUACGAGAAAAAGAGCGACAACACGAAAAAACUGUGCAGCUACAGGACAGAGCACACGACCUUGCCUUGGAGUACGCACAUCAGGCUUCGCAGAUCUCCUCAGAGAAAGAGGAGUCGGGCCGUGUGAAGGAAGAUGUGUUCAGCAAGUUUCUCGAACAAGCUUGA